AUGGAGGCGAUGAGAAAGCUGGUGGGCUGGAUGUCCCUGGCUCUCUGUAUGUCUGGGCUGAAAGCAGAACUGAAUGUGCAUUUACACCCUCCGGCUCCAGAUAAUAUUAACACUCCCUGUAUCUUUCCAUUUAUGUAUGGCGAUGUAAUCCACUACAGCUGUACCACCGUCCGCAGCGACUAUGCCUGGUGUUCUCUGGACAGUAAAUUCCAGGGCAGGUGGCGAUACUGCACGGGGACUGACCCCCCCCCGUGCACCUUCCCUUUCUUAUUCAGAAGGAAGCUCUUCCACACGUGCACCUGGGACGGCUACAUUCUAAACCGGACUUGGUGCGCACUCACCAAGAAUUACGAUCGAGAUGGGAAAUGGAAGCAAUGCUCCCCUUACAAGUAA